AUGAAAACCGCUUUCGUGCUUCGGAUGCUGUCAGUGUGGACACUGUUACCCUUCGUUCUGUGGACAUUCAGUCGCUUAUGCGGUCAAGCCGUUCUGAGGACCAUUUGCACUUCAUUCCAUACUCGUUCACAGGGACACAAGAUUUCAUACAUUCCAACAACAGAUAUCGGGCUGCCACUUAACUACGGUCUUUGGGAGAGCGCUUCUGCAAGGGGCGACCAGUUGGGAAGGAUACAGCCCAUUAAAAGCUUUGAAGCGAUGAUACAGCAGCUUGGGGGUGUGGACGUAGCUAUCGAAGAUGCAAAGGUGGAUCUCUGGGGGAAUGUUCGUGCCCCAGAAAUCACCCAGUUGCCCGAUUACGAUUCUUCAGAUCCUUACAGCUGGAUCAAGGUACCCUCUGAUCAGCUUGUGACAUACGAGUCCUUGAUCGGAAUUCCUAUUCUAGGCAUGCCUUCAAACUCUGCUGGCAACUUCACACUACAAGUAUCGGCGAGUUAUAUGGCUCUGCAGCAUUGGUGUUCCUCCUGGUUCAAUACUUCAGAAUGGCUUUCACGAAUCCCCAAUGGGUUAUCCUUACACAAAGUCAUGAAUGAUAGUAUCACUGAAGAGCGGGUGAAAGAGCUUAAUCGCGGAAAAUCACAUACUUAUAUGGACAUACCAAGGAUAAACGGUGACUUUAACUUCUCCAGCGAAGAUAGAUACAGCAUAGGACCAGUCAAGCGCGGCACUUUGGUCUUUGACCGCACCCUUUUGAGAAAAUGGUCUGCCAAGCUGUUAGUGUUCGUCAUUCAUGCGGCUGAGGCCUCUGUCCCAGACACAAAGAUGCCAACCAAUGGUAGUACAGCACCAACGGUAUUUAUUGUUUCUCUACCAUGGCUGACUCAUACCUUCCAUGCUGGAGUUACGUCACCCUUCGAGAACUACCUCGCAGAUCCAGCGUUAAGUAUAGGAGAUGAUAUGACAGGCAGUUUUGGUAUCACGACUGAGUUCACCAGACUUCCUCUCAAGGUCUUUGUUCAGAGACUAGCUUUCAUUAUCAACACGGCUGUGCGUGUCUCGUACUGGGAACCUGCUGUUCUAGCGUUUGGUAAUGUGAAUAUGACAGACAUGGAUGAUCGGAUAUCCAAGAGUUAUGCAAUCCAGUAUAUAAACACGACUGGGGAUUUCAUAACCAGUGAGGAGCGGUACGAGGUGCAAAAGACGUGGAUGGCAAUCUACAUCUUUUCUCUUGUUCUCAUGGGAGCCAGUAUCUUGGCCACCGUUACCUUCAGCCUCGCAACAAGAGCCCCGGACUUUCUUACCAACAUCUCUGCUCUGACACGAGACUCUAUCUAUACUAACAUCCCUCAAGGCGGAAGCACCUAUUGUGGUGAUGACCGGGCGAGGUUGUUGACGAACAGACGCUUGAAGAUUUAA